UUUUUUGGUAAAAUUUGUAUUUAAAAUUAUGAGAUUCUGAGUGAUAAUUCUGGAAUAAGAGAUACUAAGAAUAAGAAAAGGAACAAACAGCGUGAGAUGGCAGCAACUACAAGUGGUAGCGCAGGGAAUCGAAUCCCAGAGCUGAGAAAAGACGCAAUCUCAAACCGAUGGGUAAUAUUCUCACCUGCCAGAGCCAAACGACCCUCCGAAUUCAAGUCCAACUCGCCGGCCGUCUCAGACCAACAGCUUCACCAGCGAUGCCCUUUCUGCAUCGGCAAUGAGCACCAGUGCGCUCCUGAGAUCUUCCGCUUUCCACCUGACAACCCCGAUUGGACCCUCCGCCUCAUCCAGAACCUUUAUCCUGCUCUCUCCCGCGACCUCCCUUCCCCCGCCCCUGCCCGACUCGCUAACAACCUCACCGGUUCGGUUCUUGAUGGCUUCGGCUUCCACGACGUCAUAAUCGAGACCCCGGUUCAUUCGGUUCAGCUAUUGGAUUUAUCGCCGCACGAUGUUGCCCAGGUUUUCCUCGCUCAUAUCAAGAGGAUCCACCAGCUCGCUACCAAUGACUCUAUCAAAUAUGUGCAGGUGUUCAAAAACCAUGGUGCUUCAGCUGGUGCAUCAAUGACUCAUUCUCACAGUCAGAUGAUAGCUCUUCCUGUUAUUCCACCUAAUGUUUCCGCUCGUCUCGGAAAUAUGAAGGAUUAUUUCGAGAAGACAGGCAAAUGUUGUAUUUGUGAAAUUCAACAGGAGGAUCUUUUAAUUGAUACAUCUGAUAACUUCUUUUCACUGGUUCCGUAUGCCGCUACAUUUCCUUUUGAGAUAUGGAUUGUUCCCAGGCAUCACUCAGCUCAUUUCCAUGAAUUGGAUGCCGAAAAGGCCAUUGACCUUGGAAGGUUGUUGAAACUAAUGCUUAGAAAGAUGUCUCUGCAAUUGAACAAUCCACCGUUCAAUUAUAUGAUUCACACUAGUCCAUUGCACAGUAAUGCAUCAGAAUUAGCAUACACUCAUUGGUUCAUACAGAUAGUGCCUCAACUAACACUGACUGCGGGUUUUGAAAUCGCAACUGGGUGUCACAUAAAUCCUGUUUUCCCGGAAGAUGCUGCGAAGGUUCUGAGAGAAGUAAAUGUACCAGAGUCAGGAUGAACCAGGUAGAAACAUGAAUGUAUUGAGACCUAAUUGAUCAACUAUCCUGUGAUCGAUUGUAUACUUCGAAUCUCCAUUGAGGGAGUUCAACAUCUUGCAUGUGACUUCAAUCCUAGUCCUGAAACCAUAAGUUAUCGGAUAUUGGAAGCAAACCAUUUACUAUGAAUAAGUAUGUUGGCAAAAACCUUGAGAUACUGAAAAUUGGAAUGAAAUGUUGAUUAUGAAUAUGUGGGUUCAUUUAGGAACGAGUUAUGUUGAACUUAUGAAUGGUUCCAUCAUUUCAGUUUUCUUUC